CACAUACACAUACCCAUAGAGACUGUGUCUGUCCCCCGACCACCUAAAUUAUUUAAAGAAAUAAAAACAAGAGGAGUUCAACAUAAAAAUCUUAUAAAAAUUAAAACCAACUCCUCAGUAGCACAAAAUAAGAGAAUGAAAUGUGGGCUGUUAAAUAUCAGGUCUCUGUCCUCUAAAGCUGUUUUAGUGAAUGAAUUAAUAUCAGAUUAUGAUAUUGAUUUACUUUGUCUUACUGAGACCUGGUUGUCCCACGAGGAGUAUGUUAGCCUAAAUGAAUCCACCCCCCCAGUCAUAUUAAUACUCACAUUCCUCGAGACACUGGCCGAGGAGGUGGAGUAGCAGCCAUAUAUGAUUCGAGCGUUUUAAUGGACCCUAAACCUAAACUAAAUUAUAAUUCAUUUGAAAGCCUUGUUCUUAGUCUUUCUCACCCAAACUGGAAAACACUGCAGCCAGUUCUAUUUGUUAUAGUGUACCGCGCUCCUGGACCGUACUCUGAUUUUAUAUCUGAAUUCUCAGAGUUUUUAUCAAGUUUAGUGCUUAAAUCAGAUAAAGUAAUUAUUGUAGGUGAUUUUAAUAUUCAUGUGGAUGUUGACAAUGACAGCCUUAGUAAUGCAUUUAUAUCAUUAAUAGACUCAAUUGGCUUCUGUCAGAGUGUAAAUAAACCAACUCAUUGUUUUAAUCACACUCUUGACCUUGUUUUAUCAUAUGGCAUUGAUAUUGAACAUUUAAUAGUCUUCCCGCAUAAUCCUUUCCUAUCUGACCAUUAUUUAAUAACUUUUAAUUCAUACUAUUAGAUUAUAAGCCAUUAGGCAAAACGUCCUACAGCAGAUGUCUAUCUGACAGUGCUGUAGCUAAAUUUAAGGAGGAGAUUCCUUCAGUGUUUAAUUCAAUGCCAUGUCUGAAUUUAACAGAGUCCUAUAACGACUUUAGUCCCUCUGAAAUUGAUAAUCUUGUCGAUAGUGCUACAGGCUCACUACGAUCAACAUUAGACUCUAUCGCUCCUAUAAAAAGGAAAUUAUUAAAACAUAGGAGACUAGCACCUUGGUAUAACCACCAAACCCGCCAGUUAAAACAAAUAGCUAGGAAAUCUGAAAGGAAAUGGCGCUCUUCCAAAUUAUCAGAAUAUCGCUCAAAUUGGCAAGAUAAUCUUAAAACUUAUAGAAAGGCCCUCCGUAAUGCCAGAGGAGCCUAUUACUCAGCACUAAUAGAAGAAAAUAAGAACAACCCUAGGUUCCUCUUCAGCACUGUAGCCAGGCUGACAGAGAGUCACAGCUCUAUUGAGCCACAUAUCCCCAUAAACUUAAGUAGCAAUGACUUCAUGAGCUUCUUCUAUAAUAAAAUUAUUACUAUUAGAGAGAAAAUUAAUCACCAACUGCCAUCAACAGUUAUCAGUGGCUCUCCAAGUUCAGGGACUUCUGUCAAUGUAAACUUAGAUAUAUAUUUAGACUGUUUUUCUGCUAUCGAUCUUCAUCACUUAACUUCAAUCAUUUCUUCAUCGAAGCCAUCAACCUGUCUAUUAGACCCGAUCCCAACUAGGCUGCUUAAAGAAGUUGUUCCCUUAAUUGGCACUUCUUUACUGGAUAUGAUUAAUCUUUCUUUAUUAUCAGGAUAUGUACCACAGUCCUUUAAAGUAGAUGUAAUUAAACCCCUUCUUAAAAAGCCCACUCUUGACCCAGGGGUUUUAGCCAACUAUAGACCGAUUUCUAACCUCCCCUUCCUCUCUAAGAUUCUGGAGAAAGUAGUCGCCAAAGAGUUGUGUGAAUUUCUACAUAACAAUAGUUUAAAUCCUGAUUGAAAAUCCUCAAAUAGAGUUCAUCACAGCACAGAGACAGCUCUGGUUAAAGUUAAU